AUGGCUGCGACGCCGGCGGACGCAAGCAGCAGCAGCAGCAGCAGCAGCGAGGCCGUGGUGGGCGGCGAGAAGAGCAACAAGAUGAUCACGCUGAUCAGCUCCGACGGCGAGAGCUUCGAAGCCACGGAGGAGGCGGCGAAGAUGUCGGUGACCAUCAAGCACAUGAUCGAGGACGGCUGCGCCGACGACGGGAUCCCCCUCCCCAACGUCCCCGCCAAGAUCCUCUCCAUGGUCAUCGAGUACUGCAACAAGCACGCCGCCGACGCCGCCGCCGACGACACCAACAAGCACGUCGCCGACCCCGCCGACGCCGACGAGGACGACGACAAUAACAACAACAAUGCCAGCGCCGGCGAGAAGGAGGACCUGAAGAGCUUCGACGCCAGCUUGGUCGCCGUCGACCAGGCCAUGCUGUUCGACAUCAUCCUCGCCGCCAACUUUCUGAGCAUCAAGGGGCUCCUGGACCUCGCCUGCCAGAAGGUGGCCGACGACAUCAAGGACAAGUCGGUUGAGGAGGUGCGCGAGAUUUUCAAGAUCGAAAACGACUUCACAAAGGAGGAGGAGGAGGCCGUCAGAAAGGAAAAUGCCUGGGCCUUCAACGAGUAG